AGAAUAUAAAAAAUAACAUAAAUGGUUUCAAAGGUCAGAAGCCCAUUUAUAACGGUUAUGGGCUAGCAUGGCAUAGCACAUUUGGGCUUGUGUAUCGUGCCUUGCUAGCCCAUGUGCCACGUGUUGGCACUGGCCGUUAACGGACCAUGCUGUGCCAACCCAUGCACUUAAAAACUUCUAGCCCAGCACAGCAUACAUAUAUGUAUCGUGCUUGGCCCAACCUAACUAUUUAAUAGCAAGCCAUGCUAAGCACGACUCAUAUCAUGCCAAAUCGUAUCUGCUGUCCAACUCAGUGGACACUUAUAUGUACUUGGUAUUGGUUGCUGUCACUUAUGCAAAAUUGAUUGCAUCUGAUAUGUGAGAGUGCAAACUUGUUCUAUUAGGGCAAGUUGCCUGUGGCUUUCGAUUAAGUUGUACAAAGAAUGCACUAUUCUGUCUUCAUUUGUCUGAAGGGCUUGGACUAGAGGAAGAGGUAAAGACAUGAUGAAAGCUUUAAUGGAGUGGUGACAACAGCAAUUAGUAGUUUUCUGAGCAAGCUUUGCCCAAUGUCACUGCAGCCAGCGGUGGAGCCAUAAUUUCUAUUAAGGGGGCCAAAUACAUAUACAUUCAGAUUCCAACAUCAACAAGUGUGAAUAGAUGAUAUAAGAAGAGAUUUGGUUUUGGUUUGGACAUUGGGCUAGACAAAACAAGUUAAAGAAGAAGAAGAAGAAGAAAACAAGUAGAAGAAGAAGAAGAAGAAGACAGUAGUAGGGCAAGGGCAACAACAACUUUACAAGCAACACUAACGGUGGCAAAACCAUAUUCUUUGUGAGAAGUAAUUAUUUUAUUUUAAUUUUACUGCUAAUGGGUUUAGCUGUGAGGGGAGUUAUAUUGGACCAUGUGCUGCUUCAAUAUGGAAUUGGACAUCCGGAGAACUGCAAGAGCAACCCAACACUGUCCCUGCUCCGCAAGCUUCGAUUCUCCAACAUCCAUACGGCCAUUUCGUACAGGUUGCCUCUUUCUACAGAGCAAAUCAAUCUCCUGCAGGCAAUGGCUGAGCUACACUCUUUUGAAUGCCUUCCUUUGACUGCAUCUUCCCUGGACAUUGCUCCACAUGAGAUUGCCCAUGCUUGGGCUCAUAUCUCAGGCACCAUCUUGUAUCUCCUUCCUAACCAUGAUUCAUCUCCCAAAAUAACUUGCGCAUUCUUCUCAAUUGCUCCCGAUGCUGAAGUUACCAGUUCACUCCACAAGUCAAACAGGAUUUAUAUGGACAAAUUGCAAGAACUACCUUUGACCAUUUGCCGCUUAAAUAAAAAGGCAAUAAGCACCGAUGUUGUGACAGUUGGUUACAUUAUGAAGCCUUCUCGUGAGGAAGAUUUUGCCAAGAGGGGUGCCUUUCCAAUGUGUCCAACUCUGAAUGGGUUGAUUUUUUUGCCCCUGACAUUUGAGCUUCCUAUAUCAACACAGUUAGAAGAGGCUGAUGUGAUUCUUCAUAAAGCAACUGAUGAAAUUGUAUCCAUUGAAUUGAACAGCUCUUCAGAACCUUCCAAUAGAAUUGCUUACACAACAGGAAUGCAGGAACUACAAAGGUAUAUUGAAAACCACAAUCAUUGCUUUGAAGUUGAUCCACUUAAUAGCAUUUACCCUGUACUUGAUCGGUUAAAGAUCCAACAAAUUUUACUUGGGCUGAAGGAUCUUAAUGCAGAAGGUCGUUGCACAGUCAGGGCCCCUCACUUUCUCAAGGUUAGCAGUUUUGAUGAACCUGAUUUGGUACAAAGACUACAUGAUGCAAAACUGUCUGUUCCAUGUAUAGUGAAACCUCAAGUUGCCUGUGGUGUAGCUGAUGCUCACAGUAUGGCAAUUGUGUUUAGAGUUGAAGACUUCAAGGAUUUGAAUGUUCCACUGCCUGCUGUUGUUCAGGAAUAUGUUGAUCAUUCAUCCACUCUGUUCAAGUUUUAUGUUCUGGGUGAGAGAGUUUUCCAUGCGGUAAAGAAGUCUACACCUAAUGCUGACAUUCUUAUAAAAUCAUCCAAAAAAAGUGCACCUGGACCUCUUCUCUUUGAUAGCUUAAAAUCUCUACCUACUGCCAUUGCAAACAAGCAUUCUGGAGGUCAGGAUCUGUGUCUUGAUCUUGGGCUAGUAAACGAGGCUGCCAAGUGGCUUACAAGGAUUCUUGGACUAACCAUCUUUGGCUUUGACGUUGUUAUUCAGGAAGGUUCCGGUGAUCAUGUCAUUGUGGAUGUAAACUACCUGCCAUCAUUCAAAGAAAUUCCUGACGAUGUAGCAAUUCCUGCCUUUUGGGAUGCUAUUAAAAAGAAGGUGGAUUCAAAAGCGAUGAAACAUGCAAGUGUGGCUCCUCCUCCCAUGGAUUCUGUUGAUGGGCAGGAGAAAAACAAAUGCAAAGCGGGUGCUAGUGUUGUCUGAAAAAAAACAUUGAAGAUUAUGCCAUGGGAGAUGAAUCAUGGAUGAUAGAUUUUGACAAUAAUGGUUUGAGAGGGACCAUGUGGCUCAUUUUUGUUCUGAGUUUGAACACUUGAGUUGCUUGAUUGUGUACGAGUCCAUAAUAUUACUCCCAAAGUUUUGGGUUCUCUUCUUACGAGUUUCUUCCAUAAUUAGAUAAUCCAAACUCAUGAUAGGAGAGCGUAUCUGUGAUGUAAGCAUAUAUAUAUAUAUAUAUGUAUAUAUAUAUUUACCACACUGUGAGGAUCAAAUACAGCAAAGGCAACUUGAGGUUUCAGUUUUGCUCACGUAGCCUUUGCACCAAAUCAGGUUCAUCAAAACUGUUAACUUGCAUAUUUGAGCAGCACAUGUGCAAGAGAACCAUUAAACUCAGGGAAAAACAUUGAAGAAGCUAAAACAUUAUUGUCUUUUUGUUGUUGAACUGAAGACAGAAAGUAGGAUGAAAGCACUUGCAACCUUUAUUUAUUUAUUUAUUUAUUUUGGGCAAUGGGUGUUGUGAAACAGGGCAGGUUUACAGUGUAUAUGUUCCAUAAUAAAUAUAGGUCAUCCAUGAACGGAUGAACUCCAUUAUUUUACAAAUGAACAGCUUAG